AUGGGCGCCUCUUCAUCCAAAGCAGCGGCUCGCGGAGCAGCUCGCAAGUAUCCCACCAGAUCACCUGGAGCUGUGCCUCAAGCUACCACUCAGAGGGCGAGACCUCAGCAGCCUGCGCCUCGCGGAGAUGGGUCUAAAGACGAAGCAAUUCGCGCUGAUGCCAUGGAUCCUGACUUUGCCCCCGGCGACUUCUCUAAACGCCUCCACCAGAUGGGCAUCGUGCAGCCAAACCCUACGUUCUCGCCCUCUUCUACCGCAGCGCCCAAUUUCUCGCCUGAAUCACUGGCCGUACCUCCAGGACCGCUAUUUCCACCGGCCAAGCAAAACACCACGCUCACUGUGCUCGAAGCUCGGCGCCGUUUGGAGCGAGUUGCUGACGAAGAUCUUGAGAUUAUGGGUCGCGAGGGAGGUCGAUGCCGCAUGGCCAAUAUGAGAACCAUCCUUGAUGCUGUUCAUCUCUUGAGCCGUGAUGUUCCUGUCGCUGAUAUUGAGAAGAGACUGAGAGUCACUCCCGGAUUCCUGGGCAAACUAGGACCCGCAGGCGUUUUGACACACAUUCCCGCGAAUUAA